UUCUUCUUUUUGUAAUUUCCACCGAAGCUGUGCUGAGAUACCAGGAUGAGCGGUACCUCCACCACAUCGCCGACACUUACGACUGGACGACGCAUCCUUGCCGCAGAAACUGCCAGAAUAAUUCGAGCCCGCUCACCUGUUACUACGUAUUGGUCAUCGAGAAGUUCAGUUCCAUGAGCAAGGCUUGCUACGACUGCCCGAACAAUGUGACCGACUGCUUCAGGCCUCACUGCAUUUCGGCCGACGGUAUACAAAGGAGCCUCUACGUCGCCAAUCGACAGCUACCUGGACCAGCGAUCGAAGUCUGUCACGGAGACAUAAUCGUGGUAGACGUAAGAAACGUCAUGUUGUCAGAGAGCACGGCGAUACACUUUCACGGGGUCAAGCAAAAGGGUACCCCGUACAUGGAUGGCGUGCCAUACGUCACCCAGUGCCCGAUACUCCCGCUACAAACCUUCAGAUACACAUUCGAAGCGUCCGAUCACGGAACUUUCUUUUGGCACUCGCACAUAGGACAUCAACGGGCCGAUGGUCUGUUUGGCGCGAUGGUCGUCUAUCCGAAAACCGAAGAGGACCUCUCGGCCCAACUUUACGAUGACGACGAUCACUACAUGAUUAUUAACGAUUGGUCGCAAUACACUGGCGACGCGGAAAUGAUAAAGGCUUAUUACCACGAAAGUGCCACUGCUAGACCGACUAACAUAUUGGUUAAUGGCUUGGGUCGUCAGAUCAACAAUAUUUACGGAGCCAAAGUCACCAACACUCCAGUUUUCGUUUUUAACGUUCAACCGAACAAAAAGAACAGAUUUAGGUUGAUCAAUGCAGGGUCCGAGGAUUGUCCGAUCGAAGUAUCAGUCGACGACCACACACUGACGGUUAUUAGUCUCGACAGUCAGGACAUUAUUCCAGUCGAAGUCGACUCGAUAACCAUUUGGCCAGGAGAGCGCGUCGACUUUAUCCUUCGUACCGAUAAAAAGAUCGGCAACUAUUGGAUCAGAUAUCGCGGCUACGGUCUAUGCCAAAACACUAACGCGACCACCAACCAAACGAAUCCUGGUGUCUUUCAAGUGGCGGUACUGCGAUACGUGGGUGCGCCAAACGAAGAACCCGAUUCUCCGAUCGGAUACGACAUACCAGUCAACAAUAAUACGACUCGGGUCCUGAAUCCGUAUCAAAAAGGAACGGAGGAUCCGCCCUUCACCAAUAUAAAUAUUCCACAGUUGGUGGCGGCGAAAUCUAACGAUUUGACCGCAUUGACACCGAAUGUGGACCAACAAAUUUACAUCAAUUUUGAUUUCUAUCCUCUGAACAAUUACGAUUUUCAUCGAAAAUCACUGUUCGGAUUCUAUGAAGUGCCACCUCAUCGUAGAAUCGGUACUCUGCAGCUGAACAAUAUAAGUUUGAAAUUGAAGAGCUUUCCCCUGCUGUCGCAGCGCAACCAAAUCAAGCCCGGAGACUUGUGCAACGUAGAAAAUAUCCCGAAACAUUGUACGUCCGAACAUUGUGCUUGCACGCAUGUUAUUCCUUUGAGGCUUAACGCCGUCGUGGAGCUUGUGUUUGUUGAUGAAGGUAAAUACGUGAUCAUAAAUCAUCCUUUUCAUCUGCACGGUCAUUUCUUCCGUAUUGUUGCAACGGAAAAUUUACAAGGAAACAUAACUAUCGAUCGUGUCAAGGAGUUGGACAGACAAGGCAAGAUCAAACGAAAUUUGAUAAACGCGCCCUACAAGGACACCAUGAAAGCGCCCGGAGGAGGUUAUUCAAUUGUGCGCUUCGUGGCCAACAAUCCUGGCUAUUGGCUCUUUCAUUGUCAUUUUGAGCAACACGACAACAUUGGAAUGGCCCUGGUGUUCAAAGUUGGUGAGCACAAAACCAUGCCUCCAGUACCCAAAAACUUUCCAACGUGCGGAGAUUACGAACCCGAAAUACCUGGUUUCAACCCUAUGGGAAAAUAA